CAGCCCGGGCUGAGGAGAAGCAUUGGGUGCAGUAGGAUUACACCAGUUUAAAAAAAAACACAUUUGGGUCACGUCAAAGGAACCAGCACUAAUAUUAGAGGCUACUGCUUUCAGAAGAGCUGCCAAACAGCGCCGCAUAAAGUCAUCUUAGCCAGGGGAUAGUCUGUCACAAGGACUUGGAAAGCCAGGUUUUCCACGGGUGACAUUUAACGCCACACGCGUUGUCAGGACAGAGGGGCUUCUCCGUGCGUAACGCAGAUUCGGCGCUGGAUCCACACUCCUCAAACCAUGAAUACUUGCAAGUGUUUAAUUUGAAUGCGACAUAUGCACUCUUCUGCAGAUAUGUCUUUCUUAACCAUACCAAGCCAAGAGGGCCUUUUCAAAACGAUUAAAAACAGCAAGUCGGCCGGAGAGGCGGAGGGUCGCUCACGCACGGACGCCGCUGAGGAAAACGACGAUGAGGAGGAUGAGGAUGAGGAUGACACCGAUGAUGUCCGUCUCAUCCCCAGAUGUUCCCCGGUGCCUAGGAAGCGGGGCGCGUCCAUCUUUGACGAGACAGCCGAGUACAUGCGGAUCCACCAGGCGCUCUCUGCAGGAAAGCGGGUGUCGUUCGCCGACACAACAGGUGGAGAUCUGGUGGAUGUGCGCGAAUUCGCAGCCUUCGACUCGGACGAGGAAGACACCGCAAAGUGGCAGGAGGAGGAGGCGAAAUACCGCAAAGCAGAGCGGGAGCCGACCUAUCGAGUGCACCCGGAGUUCCACGCUCCCAGCGUCGGCGUCCUGCUGCAAGCUGUGCGCUCCAACAAAGUGGAAGUUGAGCGGAUAUCCCCAUUGGAGGACGAGCCGCUCGCAUUCAGUGGAGUAAUUCGAGUCCUGAACAUCUCCUUCCACAAAGCGGUGUACAUCAGAUCAACCAUGGACAACUGGGGUACUUACUUUGAUUACCCUGCAGAGUAUGUGUUUGGAUCUAACGACGGCGACACUGAUCAGUUCUCCUUUAAGCUGUCUUUUGCACCACCGUACACCACGCACGGCUCACGCAUUGAAUUUGUCGUGCGCUAUGAAACCUCGGUUGGUGAUUACUGGGCCAAUAACUUUUCCAUGAAUUACGCUGUGACGCUCCUUUUGUCCUAUGAAGAUGAUCCAACCCAGACCAGCAGUGAUACGGCACAAAAAAGAAGCAUCCUGAAGAGCCCGAAAGUCUACAGCCUGACGUCAGAGGAAGAUCAGGAGAAAGGAGACGCAGAGGAACCAGAGAGUUUACCAGCAGAACUAGACGGGCCAUCAGCUGUGUGUCCAGUGAUCAUUCAUCCUGAGAUCGACUUGGAGAAACCCGUUCACCAGUCCGGUUCCUCCGCCACAUCUCAACACAGGCCACCAUCUGGCGGCGCCGCACUGUCCACACCCGCUGCACCUUCAGCAUCCCCCAAACCCGACCCUCAGUCCAAUUCUGCCUUUGCACUCCAACCAGAUAAGUCUCAGCCUUCGCAUUUACUCCACCAAGAGCACGAGAAAGAAACGCCAGAGCAGUCUGUGCAGAGCCCUCCCGCUGUGCCGCCGUCUCCCUGGCCUCCUUCAUCUCAAGAACCCGAACAGAGAUCAGGCGAGUCCCAGGCUGAGAGAGUGGAAACUCUUCCUGGCGUCUGUCCUCCUGCAGCACAUAUGAAUCUGCCGUCAGCAGCAGGAGACAAGCACAUAGCUGCUAAGUGUGUCUCCUGUCCCAGUGUGACGGUAGAAGACAAAGAACAAUUGAACCAACUUCAUAAAAGGCUUUUAGAAAUUACCUCAAAAUCUGCAGAACGUGAGGCAAAGAAAAGAGCUGCAGAUGAGGCUCGUGCAUCUUUGGAAGCGGAGGACAAAGGUAAACCUGUGACAAAGCCAAACACCCCUGAGCCGAGCAAAGACGCCGCUCCUCAACCUGCCUCAUCCGACGAUCCACUACGCCAGAGGUCUGAAAAAGAAAAAGAAGACUACAGCAUGGAUCUGUUGCCGUGCAUCAUCUUCCUGAGUGUUUCCAUCUCACUGGUGUGUUGGAAACUCUUUAGGAGAGGGUAGAGAAGCUGCUCAAUAAACCGGAGAAAGAGCCA